AUGCUCCAAAGUUUAGCAGUAGUGGCGUACACAAUAAAGAAGACGAAGAAGACGAAACCCUUGAACAGCAUCGAAACUGUUGAAAUAGCCAAGCUAAUAUCCAGUCAACAAACCAAGAACAAUGAUACCAACGAAGAUGUUGAUGGUAAGCGCAAAGGGUCAGACAGAGACUCCGAACAAACAAGUGACGAAGAAAUUACCCAAGAACAAGAUGAAGUUGUUUCUGAAAGAACUAUUGAAAGUGAUAGUGAAGAGCCUAUUGCAGAAGAGAUGAUGCUGUUUGAAGUUGCUUACAAUCGUGAUCAACAUGUUCCAGUAGAAGAAGCAACCAUAUAA